AUGCGGUUUCUUUACGCCUGCUUCGUAAUCGUGCUGUGCGCCCUGAUCUUCUGCGAAUACGUGGCGGACUUUGUGGUUAUGCAGAAGUGCCGGUGGCCGGAGAUUAAGCGGAAGAAGUAUGUGGACGAUCCGCUGCGGGCGAUGAUCCUGGCGGAUCCGCAUCUCCUGGGACCACAUCGUGGCCACUGGCUGGACAAGCUGUACCGGGAGUGGCACAUGACACGCGCCUUCCAGGCGGCAUCGCGUCUCUUCCAGCCGGACGUGGUCUUCGUCCUGGGUGACUUGUUCGACGAGGGCGACAUGGUGAGCGACAAGCAGUUCCAGGAGUACGUGUGGCGCUACCUCAAGAUGUUCCACCUGCCGCCGGGCAUUCCGCUCAUCAGUGUAGCAGGCAAUCACGACGUGGGCUUCCACUACAAAAUGCACCCCUUCUUCAUGUCGCGCUUCGAGAACUAUCUGAACAACUCCUCGGUGAACCUGUACACCAUCAAACAAAUCCAUUUCGUGGUGAUCAACUCCAUGGCCAUGGAGGCCGAUGGCUGCAUGUUCUGCACCCAGGCCGAGGAUGAGCUGAAGAACAUUUCGCGGACGUUGCACUGCAUGAAGUAUCCGCUGGAGGCGGAGUGCGCUCGCACCAGGAGGCAUCCCUAUAGCCAGCCGAUCCUGCUGCAGCACUUCCCAACGUAUCGAAUUUCAGAUACCAUGUGCGAGGAGCACGAUGCUCCUUUCAUCGAGACUUACCGCGAGCGCUUCCAUGUGCUCUCCAAGGAUGCCACGGAUAUGCUGGGCGAACUGCUCAAGCCGAGAUUGGCAUUCGCCGGCCAUUCGCAUCACUUUUGCCACAGUGUCAACCGGCUGGGCAUCGAUGAGUACACAGUGGCCUCCUUUAGCUGGCGCAACAAGGUCAAUCCCAGCUUUAUGCUGGCCACUAUCACCCCGGACGACUACGUGGUUUCCAAGUGCAAAAUGCUGCCGCAACAGUUUGUCUUCAACAGCUACCUGAGUGCCGGCAUCCUCUGCUUCAUGGUCAUCGCAUUGCAGCUCGGCAAGUGGAUCAGGAGCAGAGGACAGUCCUCGGAGGCGGAUCAUCGGAAGGUCAAUUAGUUGUAUGUACGAGCGAGCCUUUACGAGGCACAUCCUCUUUUGUGAUUUACGCCUGAUUGGGGCUUAGUUUAGACUAGAUACAGCCAGAUUCCAGAUUCCAGACUC